AAACGUCACUACGAUUGCGGCCGUUCAACGCUUUGGGUGUGUAAGCCGGUGACUGAGUGUGUGUGUAUGUGCGCGCUGUGAACGUGUUCGUCGGUCGCCCGCGUACGUUUUCUGUGAAAGGUUCGCGUUUUACGUAAAUUAUUUAAUUUUUUCGUUAUCAACGCGUUGGUCGUUUUCGGUUUUUAUUCCAUUUAUGGAUUUAACCCGAGCGAUCUUCACGGACUCCGAUAAACUCCGCCGGAACGUUUUCGUGUUAUUUUUAUCGUCCGGACGUUCGUUGUAAAACCACAAUCAUUCGUAAACACGGUGCGAGCGUGGCUAAAAUGCAAAACAUGCUGGGUAAGCGGCAACAUUGUUACCUGUGCGAUUUGCCCCGCAUGCCGUGGGCGAUGCUGCACGACUUUACGGAGCCCGUGUGCCGCGGCUGCGUCAACUACGAGGGAGCUGACCGCAUCGAACUGGUCAUCGAGACCGCCCGGCAGAUGAAACGGGCCCACGGGUUCCAGGAAACGGCCACCAGACCCGCCGGUGGAGCGUCGUCCGCCGGUAACGCUCAUCACCCGAAGAACGCGCACCGGCACGAGAACGGCGGACUCGAAGUGGUCGGCAUACCGCCGCAAGCCCAUCAGCUCGCCGCCCGGCAGUCCCAGCAGCCGCAGCCGCCGCCUCCGUCGGCCGCGGCCACGCACUACGCCACGCUACACCACUCGCGGUCCACGCUCAUGGACUACCCGGGCCGGCCGGGCGCUCACGGCAACGACCACGAGGUGGCCAUGUCUCGGACGUCGGUACGCCUGCAGCAGACCCAACAGCAGCACAUGGCCGCCCAUCACAUGUCCGGUCGGACGCAAUCGGGCCAGGGGCUGAAGCGGGGCCUGAGCUCGCAAGGCGACGACGACGACCAUCACGCGGAGAGCAACAAGCGCAUGAUGGAAGAACCGCCGCAACAGCGGCCGCCUUUGCAGAGGGGCGAUUCUCUGCCGGCCGUCAGUCUGGCCGUACCGUUUGUCGAGAGGACUUUCAAAACCGAACAGAAACACCCUAUCAGGACGACGUCUUUCGACGCGGCCUCGUUUAAGACAGCCGGUGGAUACGCGGUAACCGCGGCGGCGGCACAACAGGGCAUGACCAACGGCGGCGGACCGGCCACCGCAUCGCCGUUGCCCGUCAGCCGCACUACCGGUUCGCCGACCGACGGGCCGCCGUCAUCCAUGCAGACGGUCGGCGGCGGUGGCGGUGGCCAGCAGGGCGCACAGAAUCAACAGAACGGGCCCAACCCGAUGGCGGCGCUGAUGAGCGUCACCGAUAACCUGCCGCCCGGGUCGCCGCAAAGCGCCCGGGGCAGCCCUCCCGGCUCUACGGGCCCCAACGCACAACCGCCCGGCGGGCCCAGAUCCGCGUCCCGAGGAUCGCAACAUUCGCCCAACUCGACCGGCAGCACCAACAGCGGCCGCAGAUCGUCGGGCAGCCGGCACGUGAGUUCCACCACUGUGACUUCGAGCGAAGUGAACGGCACGGGAGCCGCUGGAGCCGGAGGCGGAGGACCAGGAGGACCCGGUGCCACCGUCAACGGUACCAACGGCGGUGCGUUGAACGCUUCUGCGCCCGCCGGCGGUGCGGACGGCGCUCCGGGCACACCGUUGGAAACGGGAGCCCCCACGUUACCGCUCGUACCUCCGUCCGUGCCUCUGACCAACGCUUCGGGAGCCGCCUCGGCCAACGUCGCCACGCUCAAGUGUACUCUGUGCCAAGAACGACUGGAGGACACACACUUUGUGCAAUGCCCAUCGGUGCCUCACCACAAAUUCUGUUUCCCGUGUUCCCGGGACAGUAUCAAAAGACAAGGGGCCGGCUCUGAGGUGUAUUGUCCGAGCGGCGAGAAAUGUCCUCUGGCCAAUUCCAACGUGCCUUGGGCUUUCAUGCAAGGCGAGAUAGCUACCAUACUGGGCGAAGAAUUCAAAGUGAAAAAAGAAAGAGAAUCAUAAGCUGAAUUCAUUCGAUUGAUGGGAGAUUUUUGUCCGUGUAAAACAUAUACGAAUAUGUUUAUACAAAUAACAUAUUGAAAAUAUAAUUUUAUUAUGAAAUGUUGAUACAUGUCACCUACGGAUACUACCGACGACUUAAGCCGAGCGACUUUGGCGGCUUACGUGUGCAUUUAUAUACUAAACUUGUAUAUAUUAAUAAUUAUUGUGUUAUAACGUUACUUUGAAAACGCCAAUAGUUUUAGUGUGUCCGAGUCUCGGACAAACCCUUACAUAUUUUUUUUUAUCAAGGCAAAAUUUACACGUUUUGGCCUUUUUUAUUUUCUUGUUCGCCUUUCGUUUUACUUUAAAAAAAAUUAUAAUUGAAAUUUCACGUACUCAUCCCCUUACUGUUCUUUUUUGGCAUCAAGACUGACCCGAGUCGUGUUUGUAUUUAAAGGAAACUAAAAUUUUUAACAAUGUUACGUAUAAAACGGUUAAGAAACGCAGUCCUAAGACUGUGCUAGUCAAAGCAAAUAAAAAUAUGUAUAUUUAAUAGUAUAAAUAUUGAUGUAAGUUGCACAAAAUGUAAAUUAUUAUUUAGUUGAUUUCAAAACAAAUAUAUGUUCUAGUUCUAGUAUUUUAAAAUAUAACAUGAUAUAUGUAUUCAUAUAUUACAUAUUGGUUGGUAUGAUUUUCGAGUACAGACAUAUUAUUAGAAUGAUAUUGUAAAGGAACUCACAAUCUCGCUUUAGUUUGUUUGCAUUGUGUACGCGUUGGUGAAACAAUUGUCGUUCAAUAGACGUCUUUAUAAUACGGGUUUGUCCCCUCCAAUCAUUUUUUUCCAAGUGUUUGUUAAAUAAAA